GGCUUCAAAGCAGAAGGCCCAGAGGUUGAUGUGAACCUGCCCAAAGGAGAUAUUGAUAUCUCUGGUCCCAAAGUUGAUGUUGACCUUCCUGACGUUGAGCUGGAAGGCCCAGAGGGGAAGUUGAAGGGUCCCAAGUUCAAGAUGCCUGAAAUGCACUUCAAAACACCCAAAAUCUCCAUGCCAGACUUCGACCUGAACCUGAAAGGCCCCAAAGUGAAGGGAGAUGUUGAUGUCUCUGUCCCCAAGCUGGAAGGUGACCUGAGGGGCCCUGACAUUGAUAUAAAAGGCCCCAAAGUCGAUGUUGACCUUCCUGAUGUUGAGCUGGAAGGCCCAGAGGGGAAGUUGAAAGGUCCCAAGUUCAAGAUGCCCGAGAUGCACUUCAAGACACCGAAAAUCUCCAUGCCCGAUGUUGAAUUUCAUCUGAAGAGCCCCAAGUUGAAAGGGGAUCUGGACGUGUCCAUUCCCAAGCUGGAAGGUGACCUGAAGGGUCCUGAGGUUGACAUCAAGGGCCCCAAAGUCGACAUUGAGGCUCCUGAUGUUGACAUUCAUGGCCCAGAGGGAAAAUUCAAAAUGCCCAAGUUCAAGAUGCCCAAAUUUGGGGUUCCUGGCUUCAAAGCAGAAGGCCCAGAGGUGGACGUGAACCUCCCGAAAGGGGAUAUCGAGGUGUCUGGUCCAGAGUUGGACAUUGAAGGCCCAGAGGGGAAGGGGAAAGGCCCCAAGUUCAAGAUGCCCGAGAUGCACAUCAAAACACCCAAAAUCUCCAUGCCCGACAUCGACCUGAACCUGAAAGGCCCCAAGGUUAAGGGAGAUGUGGAUGUGUCCGUUCCCAAGCUGGAAGGUGACCUGAGGGGCCCUGAAAUUGAUAUCAAAGGUCCCAAAGUUGAUGUUGACCUUCCUGACGUUGAGCUGGAAGGCCCAGAGGGGAAGGUGAAAGGCCCCAAGUUCAAGAUGCCCGAGAUGCACAUCAAAACACCCAAAAUCUCCAUGCCCGACAUCGACCUGAACCUGAAAGGCCCCAAGGUUAAGGGAGAUGUGGAUGUGUCCGUUCCCAAGCUGGAAGGUGACCUGAAGGGCCCUGAAAUUGAUAUCAAAGGCCCCAAACUUGAUGUUGACCUUCCUGAUGUUGAGCUGGAGGGUCCUGAAGGGAAGCUGAGGGGCCCCAAGUUCAAGAUGCCUUCCAUGAACAUCAAAGCACCCAAAAUCUCCAUGCCCGAUGUUGACUUUAAUCUGAAGGGCCCCAAAGUGAAGGGAGAUGUGGAUGUGUCCGUCCCCAAGCUGGAAGGUGACCUGAGGGGCCCUGAAAUUGAUAUCAAAGGUCCCAAAGUUGAUGUUGACCUUCCUGACGUUGAGCUGGAAGGCCCAGAGGGGAAGUUGAAGGGUCCCAAGUUCAAGAUGCCUGAAAUGCACUUCAAAACACCCAAAAUCUCCAUGCCAGACUUCGACCUGAACCUGAAAGGCCCCAAAGUGAAGGGAGAUGUUGAUGUCUCUGUCCCCAAGCUGGAAGGUGACCUGAGGGGCCCUGACAUUGAUAUAAAAGGCCCCAAAGUCGAUGUUGACCUUCCUGAUGUUGAGCUGGAAGGCCCAGAGGGGAAGUUGAAAGGUCCCAAGUUCAAGAUGCCCGAGAUGCACUUCAAGACACCGAAAAUCUCCAUGCCCGAUGUUGAAUUUCAUCUGAAGAGCCCCAAGUUGAAAGGGGAUCUGGACGUGUCCAUUCCCAAGCUGGAAGGUGACCUGAAGGGUCCUGAGGUUGACAUCAAGGGCCCCAAAGUCGACAUUGAGGCUCCUGAUGUUGACAUUCAUGGCCCAGAGGGAAAAUUCAAAAUGCCCAAGUUCAAGAUGCCCAAAUUUGGGAUGCCGGGGGUGAAAGCAGAAGGCCCAGAGGUGGACGUGAACCUCCCAAAAGGAAACUUGGAUGUUUCUGGUCCUAAAGUGGACAUUGAAGGCCCAGAGUUGGACAUUGAAGGCCCAGAGGGGAAGGUGAAAGGCCCCAAGUUCAAGAUGCCCGAGAUGCACAUCAAGGCACCCAAAAUCUCCAUGCCUGACGUUGAAUUCAAUCUGAAGAGCCCCAAACUGAAGGGGGACGUGGAUGUGUCCAUUCCCAAGCUGGAAGGUGACCUGAAGGGUCCAGAUAUUGACAUAAAAGCCCCCAAGGUUGACAUUGAAGCACCCGAAGUGGACAUCCACGGCCCAGAAGGUAAAGUUAAAAUGCCCAAGUUCAAAAUGCCCAAAUUUGGGUUUUCUGGGUUGAAAGGAGAAGGCCCAGACAUUGACGUGAAUGUCCCCGAGGCCCACGUUGAUAUUUCAGGUCCAAAAGUUGAUGUUGCCGUUCCUGACCUGGACAUCGAAGGCCCCGAGGGAAAACUGAAGGGCCCUAAAUUUAAGGCGCCCGACGUGCAAUUCAACGUGCCCAAAAUCUCCAUGCCCGACAUUGACUUGAAUUUGAAAGGCCCCAAACUGAAAGGUGACGUUGAUGACUCUCUUCCCAAAAUCGAGAGCGAGCUGAAAGGUCCCAAGGUGGACAUCAAAGGCCCUGAAUUAGAGCUCGAGGGCCCAAAGCUUGACCUAGAGGGAAAAGCUAAAAAAUCCAGGUUUAAGCUGCCCAGAUUUGGCUUUUCUGGCCCUAAAAUGCAAAGCCCUGAUGUGGAUGUGAAGCUUAAAAAACCUGACAUCGAGGUAUCUGGUCCAAAAGUCGAUGUUCAGGCUCCGGAUGUGGACAUCCAGGCCAAAUCGAAAGGGUCGAAAUUUAAAAUGCCCUUUCUGAGCAUUUCUUCACCCAAAGUUUCGAUGCCAGACGUGGAGCUCAACCUGAAGGGGCAUAAAAUGAAAGGGGAGUUGGAUCUGUCCAGCCCCAAAUUGGAGGGGGAGCUGAAAGGCCCCGAUGUGGACAUCAAAGGCCCCAAAGUCAACGUUGAGGCGCCCGACGUGGACAUUCACGGCCCGGAGGGGAAACUCAAAAUGCCCAAGUUCAAAAUGCCCAAAUUUGGGGUUCCUGGCUUCAAAGCUGAGGGCCCGGAGGUGGACGUGAACCUCCCGAAAGGAGAGCUGGAUGUUUCGGGUCCCAAAUUGGACAUCGAAGGUCCCAGCUUGGACAUUGAAGGCCCGGAGGGGAAGCUGAAGGGUCCCCAUUUCAAGAUGCCGGAAAUGAACAUCAAGGCCCCCAAAAUCUCCAUGCCCGACAUCGACCUCAACCUGAAAGGCCCCAAAGUGAAGGGGGACGUGGACGUCGCCCUUCCCCAGGUGGAUCUGAAGGGCCCGGAUCUGAACGUGAAAGGACCGGAAGUGGACGUGGAGGUUCCUGACCUGGACAUCGAAGGCCCCAAAGGGAAACUGAAAGCCCCCAAGUUCAAGAUGCCCGAAAUGAACAUCAAAGCUCCCAAUAUUUCCAUGCCGGACUUUGAUUUGAAUUUGAAAGGCCCCAAGGCCAAAGGAGGUGUGGACGUAGACCUCUCAGUGCCAAAACUGGAAGGGGACCUGAGCGUCCCAGACGUGGAGCUGAAAGGACCCAAGGUCGACAUCGACACACCUGAGCUGGCGGUGGAAGGGCCGGACGGGAAGUGGAAAGGCCCCAAGUUCAAGAUGCCUGAGAUGCACAUCAAGGCGCCCAAAAUCUCCAUGCCCGACGUUGACUUCAACCUGAAGGGCCCCAAACUGAAGGGAGAUGUAGAUGUGUCUGGUCCCAAGAUCGAGGGUGACCUGAAGUGUCCUGAAGUUGACAUCAAAGGCCCCAAGGUUGACAUUGAUGUUCCUGAUGUGGACAUUCAUGGCCCAGAGGGGAAAUUCAAAAUGCCCAAGUUCAAGAUGCCCAAAUUUGGGAUGCCGGGGGUAAAGGCAGAAGGCCCAGAUGUUGAUGUGAACCUGCCCACAGGAAAUUUGGAUGUUUCUGGUCCCAAAGUGGACAUUGAGGGUCCAGAGUUGGACAUUGAAGGCCCAGAAGGGAAGCUGAAGGGCCCCAAAUUCAAGAUGCCCGAGAUGCACAUCAAGACACCCAAAAUCUCCAUGCCCGACAUCGAUUUGAACCUGAAAGGCCCUAAAGUGAAGGGAGAUGUGGAUGUGUCCGUUCCCAAGCUGGAAGGUGACCUCAAGGGCCCUGAAAUUGAUAUCAAAGGCCCCAAACUUGAUGUUGACCUUCGUGAUGUUGAGCUGGAAGGUCCAGAGGGGAAGCUGAAGGGCCCCAAGUUCAAGAUGCCCGAGAUGCAUUUUAAGGCUCCGAAAAUUUCAAUGCCGGAUUUUGAUUUGAACCUGAAAGGCCCGAAAGUGAAGGGGGAUGUGGACGUGAACGUGGCCGUGCCGUGUGUGGAAGGUGACCUGAAAGGGCCAAAAGUUGAUGUGAAAGGUCCCGAGUUGGAUGUUAGCGCCCCAGAUCUUCAAAUCGAGGGCCCAGAAGGAAAGGUGAAGGGUCCCAAAUUUAAGAUGCCCGAGAUGCAUUUCAAGACACCCAAAAUCUCGAUGCCAGACUUCGACCUCAACCUGAAAGGUCCCAAAGUGAAGGGGGACGUGGAUGUUUCCGUUCCAAAACUUGAGAGUGAUUUGAAAGGCCCUGAAAUUGAUAUCAAAGGCCCAGAGGGGAAGGUGAAGGGUCCCAAGUUCAAGAUGCCUGAGAUGCACUUCAAGACACCCAAAAUCUCCAUGCCUGACAUCGACCUGAACCUGAAAGGCCCCAAAGUGAAGGGAGAUGUGGAUGUGUCUGUUCCCAAGCUGGAAGGUGACUUGAAAGGUCCAGAGAUUGAUAUUAAAGGUCCCAAAGUCAAUGUUGACCUUCCUGAUGUUGAGCUGGAGGGUCCUGAAGGGAAGUUGAAGGGCCCCAAAUUUAAGAUGCCUGAGAUGCACAUCAAGGCCCCCAAAAUCUCCAUGCCCGAUGUUGACUUCAAUCUGAAAGGCCCUAAGUUGAAAGGAGACGUGGAUGUGUCUGUUCCCAAGCUGGAAGGUGACCUGAAGUGUCCCGAUGUGGACAUCAAGGGCCCCAAAGUUGACAUUGAUGUCCCAGAUGUGGACAUUCACGGCCCAGAGGGGAAAUUCAAAAUGCCCAAGUUCAAGAUGCCCAAAUUUGGGGUUCCUGGCUUCAAAGCAGAAGGCCCAGAGGUGGACGUGAACCUGCCCACAGGAAAUUUGGAUGUGUCUGGUCCCAAAGUGGACAUUGAGGGUCCAGAGUUGGACACUGAAGGCCCAGAGGGGAAGGUGAAAGGUCCUAAAUUCAAGAUGCCCGAGAUGCACAUCAAGGCCCCCAAAAUCUCCAUGCCUGAUGUUGACUUCAACCUGAAAGGCCCCAAACUGAAGGGAGAUGUGGAUGUGUCUGUCCCUAAGCUGGAAGGUGACUUGAAAUGUCCUGAUGUGGACAUCAAAGGCCCCAAAGUUGACAUUGAGGCACCAGAUGUUGACAUUCAUGGCCCAGAGGGAAAAUUCAAGCUGCCCAAGUUCAAGAUGCCCAAAUUUGGGAUGCCGGGGGUGAAAGCAGAAGGCCCAGAGGUGGACGUGAACCUGCCCAAAGGAGAUAUCGAUGUUUCCGGUCCCAAACUGGACAUUGAGGGCCCAGAGUUGGACAUUGAAGGCCCAGAGGGGAAGGUGAAGGGCCCCAAAUUUAAGAUGCCCGAGAUGCACAUCAAGGCCCCCAAAAUCUCCAUGCCUGACAUCGACCUGAACCUGAAAGGCCCCAAAGUGAAGGGAGGAGUGGACGUGCAUGUGCCAGGAGCCGAAUGUGAGCUGAAAGGUCCAGAGGUCAACAUCGGUUCUCCGAAAUUAGACAUAAACGCCCCAGAUGUCGAUAUUGAUGGUCCCGAGGGUAAAUUUAAACUUCCAAAAUUCAAAAUGCCCAAAUUUUCCAUGCCAGGCUUUAAAACGGAGGGGGCGGAUGUGGACGUGAACCUCCCGAAGGGGGACAUCGAGAUUUCGGGCCCCGGCAUCGACGUGGAGGCUCCUGAGCUGAACGUGGAAGGGAAAGUCAAAGGUCCCAAAUUUGCCAUGCCCGAAAUGCACGUGAAGGCUCCCAAAAUCUCCCUCCCUGACGUCGACUUCAACAUCAAGGGCCCUCAGCUCAAAGGAGACGUUGAUGUUUCUGGGCCCAGGCUCGAAGGUGACCUGAAGGCCCCCAAAAUAGACAUUGACGCUCCCGACGUGACCAUCGAGGGGCCGGAAGGGAAACUGAAAGGUCCCAAAUUCAAGAUGCCCGAAAUGCACGUCAAGACGCCCCAAAUCUCCAUGCCUGACAUCGACCUCAACCUGAAGGGCCCGAGGCUGAAGGGUGACGCUGACCUUCAGGGCCCGAAGCUCGAGGCGGGUCUGAAAGGCCCCGAAUUUGACAUGAAAGGCCCCAGAGUAGACAUCGAGGGCCCAGAUGUUGACGUCGAUGGGCUGGAGGGAAAAGUGAAGCUGCCCAAAAUGAAGAUGCCCAAAUUUGGGUUUAAGGGGGAAGGUCCCGACGUGGACGUGAACCUCCCAAAGGCAGAGGUGGAGCUCUCGGGCCCCAAGGUUGAUAUCGGCGUCCCCGAGGUGAGCGUUGAAGGCCCAGAGGGAAAACUGAAAGGUCCUAAACUGAAGAUGCCAGAAAUGCACGUGAACGUCCCCAAAAUCUCGAUGCCCGAGAUAGACUUGAACUUGAAAGGCCACAAAACGAAGGGAGGGUUCGACAUCUCAACCCCGAAGAUGGAAGGCGGCUUCAAAGGUCCUGAAGUCGACAUCAAAGGCCCUGAAUUUGGAGUCAAAGGCCCCGAAUUUGGAGUCAAAGGCCCCGAGGUCGACAUCGAAUGCCCCGACCUGAACAUCGAAGGCCCGGAGGCGAACGUCAAAGUCCCCAAAUUUAAGAAGCCGAAGUUUGGGUUUGGGAUGAAAAGCCCGAAGGCGGAAAUCAAAGCCCCGGGGGUGGAAGUGGAUUUGCCCGAGGCGGAGCUGAACGUGGAGUCGCCCGACGUCGGCGUGGCCGGGAAGGGGAAGAAGAGCAAGUUCAAGAUGCCGAAAAUUCACAUGAGCGGCCCCAAAGUGAAGGGGAAGAAAGGCGGCUUCGACGUGAACGUGGGCGGUGGGGACCUCGAGGCGAACCUGAAAUCUCCCGAGCUGGACGUGAACGUGGCCGGUCCGGAUGUGACCAUCAAAGGUGACGCCGCGGUGAAGUCCCCCAAAGGGAAGAAACCCAUGUUUGCGAAAAUCUCCUUCCCGGAUGUCGAAUUUGACCUGAAAUCGCAUCGGUUUAGAGGCGACGCUUCCGUGACGGCCCCAAAAAUCGAAGGGGAGCUUAAAGCGCCCGAUUUGGAAGGCAAAGGCCCGGGUCUCAACGUGGACGUGGGAGCUGCUGACGUGAGCCUGAAGAAACCAAAACUGAACCUUUCCGGUGGGCAGGGGGGCGUGGGGGGCUUCAAAAUGGAGGGCGACCUGAAAGGCCCCGCCAUCGACGUCGCCGUUCCCUCCGUCCCGGUGCCGGACGUCGAAUUUGGCGCAAAAGGACCAAAAGUGAAAGGCGAGGUCGGCGUUGCCGGCGCAGAACUGGAAGGGAAAGUGAAGUUGCCCAAAAUGGGUCUGGAGAUGCCGGAUGUGAACAUGGAUGUUUCGGCCCCGGCCGUGGGGGGAAGCCUGGGGGGCGUCAACUUCAAAGGGCCCCAAAUUUCCGGCCCCGAUUUUGAUGGAAACCUGAAAGGACCAAAACUAAAGGGAGAUCUGGGGGGUUCGUGCUCCGUGGAAGGGCCAAGCCUCAGCGUGGAGGCGCCGGGCGUUGACGUGGGGGGGAAGCUGAAGUUGCCGAAAUUUAAAUCCCCCGCUCUGGAGGGGCCCGAUUUGAGCGUGAAAGGAGGCGUCGACUGCUCCGUCCCAAAAAUGGAGGUGGAUGUGAAGGCCCCGGGUGCAAAUCUCAACCUCGGCCUCCCCGGCGUCGACAUCAGAGGGCCCUCGGUGGACGUUUCUGCCCCGGAUUUGGACGUCGACCUGAAAGGACCAAAGUUGAAAGGAGAUCUCGGCGUUAAAUCCCCCAAAGCAUCGACGGACGCCCCUGAAUUUGAGAUUUUGGGUGGCACCAUCAAGCUCCCGUCCCUCAAACUGCCCCAGUUUAACAUCUCCGGUCCCGGCGUGGAUGGAGGCGUCGGUCUCGAAGGAGGCCUCAAGGCCUCGGGGGGCG